AAUAAGAGUAUGUAAAGAUACACAAAAUCACGUUACACAACAGGUGAAAAAUACAAUACCAACCGACACUCACCCACUUAACACCCUAAACAGCCCGUAAAAUUGCAAACCAGCACCUCAUUUUUACAUUCCACCGAGUUACAUAGAACCAACUCCGACGACACAAAUCGGGGGAAAGGAGAUCACUCAUAAAACCCAACCCCAACAUCCUGAUCUCCUCUAAUCCCCCUCCAGAAAAAUCCAUAGAGACCAAUGUAUUCCUGGCAUGGUCCGAACCAUCAUCCGGCGGCAAACGCAGCAACGUCAACGCCGGGCCGCAGACUUGAAUCACCCAAUCCUUCACCUCAUCCCUCAUAUCCCAUGUCCCAGCUACGAUGGCCGACGACUAUGCUAUCGCGCUCACAUAAUGCGCACCCCGGUGCGUUGCCGACCCUCUCGUCGAACCUGAGGAUAGAUGCGACGACCGCGGCCCCACCGGGAGGAGGGGCUACUGGUCCUGUUGGUGGUACGGCCGGCGGGACGACCGUUGCCGGUGCAGGGCCGAGGAAUAACACGCCGCAACAUACGCCGGGGGUAUCUGUUGUGGUUGAGUCGCGGGUUCCGGCCGAGUCGAUCGAGAGCUCGGAUAGUGAUCAAUCGGAUGCUGUGAGUGGUGGGCGAGAUGGGGCGGAUGCGCUGGGGGAUUCGGAUUAUGCGCCGACGCAUGGGGAUAUGCUCCGGGAGGUUCGGGAUUCUGGGAGGGGUGGGGAGGAGGGGGCCGCUGGAGCGACGGCUGGAGGAGGUGCGAUGGGCCCCGCAGGGAGGAUUAGUCUGUUGGAUCGGGUGUUGGGUGACGAGGAUAUGGAGAGUAGUGGGAUAGCGGGUGAUACGCCUCGAAAGCAUGGUAAGCGUUUGACGACGCUGGAGGAAGUGUCGUUGUUUAAUAUUUGUAAUCGGCAUGCGGAGGAGUUUGGCCAGCGUAGUAAUCUGUGCAAGUGGUGGAUGACAGUGACAGCGGAGUUUACGCGCGACCAGGGACAUCCGUAUUCGUGGCACUCAGUGCGGCGGAAGGUUGAGCUGGUGACAAAGCAGCGGAUGAAGUUUCUCGAGGAGCAGCGCGAGAAGGGUGGCUCGGGGAAUGACGAUUUAUCGAACCCGCGAUGGCGUGCAGCUGUUGACGCCUGGAUUCCGACAUGGCAGCGCUGGGAGGAGGCAGAGGCAAGACGAAUUGAGAAACGCGACUCGCGCCGGACUCGCAAGAGGAAGGAGAGGUCGUGGGAACCGGUGUGGGAUACGCCGAGCUCGAAUGGUUGGAGACAAACGUCUAGCCCGGCAGUGGACACGGUUCGUGGAAGCCAAAGCCAAAACCAGCUGCCUCCUUCGCAUCCUCCAGCUGUCGCCCCUGCUACGCCGAAUCCAGUCCGACUACCCCCCGGAUUUGAAAACAUGUUUGCAAAUCAACCUUCCAGUUCACCUGGAUGGUCCUCCCAGCAUGCAAAUGCGCCGUCCACUGCACCGUCCGCUGGGGACAAUGGCAUGAUGAGCGCCGUCCUUGAAACGCUAGGGAAGCUGAACAAACAUCUCGACUCUGUGAGUUCAGAACCUCGACCGUUGCCCUUAAUCGCAUCAUUAUCCUCGAACCCAGACUCCCGGCAUCAUGCACCACCUCCUAACCAGCCUCGCCUGGAAGAAGUGGCCUCCAACGAAAGCGAAACAAUAGAGAAAGCCUUGUCCGCAACAGUCAUCAAGCGGCUCAAGGAGGAACUUCGACGGGAGUUGCGUGACGAACUGAGGUCAGAGCUGGAAAAGGACCGGGCGACGUUAGAAGAGAAGUUGGACUCGGUGCAAAGGACGCAGGAUAUGAUUCUUGAGAUGCUGAGACAGGAGCCUGCUUGAUUUCUCUUUGCUUUUCCAUUUGAUGCUUGAUCUUGUUGCUAUGAUACCCAUUGGCGAAACAGCAUAUUCUUUGUUCGAGUACUAUUGCUCUCCUGAAUUACUUCAUGCAUAAACGCUUAUAUACAAUAAAUUUACCAUGGACUCUCGAACAAUCUCCAAUAGUAUAUUCCUAGCGCUAUAGGAGAAUAAUGCAAAAAUAAAUAUAAAUCCCCGGCUAAAUUACAUAGUAAACGUGCAUGGUAAUGCUGCAUAGGAGCCUGCCAAUUUAAAUUUUUUUAUACUUCUUCAGUCAU